CUACUAAUAUAGGUCGCUGUUCUGGGCGCUUGGCGUGCUCGCAGUCGUCGACUGAGUUGAGCCGGGCCCGAGGUGGCGUGCUCGGCCGCGCCGGCGAUGCAGAUUGAGCGAAUCCUAAGCAGCCCUUCGAAUCGUGGAGACGGACUGGCGGUGAUACUAGAAGCUUUUUGCUCUCCGCACGUGGCAGCAUCCAUCAGUAAUCUCUCGCGUGGUCCUCUCUACCUCCACCCCUGUCGAGGUAUCGCCACCUUCAGUCUUCACUUCUCCCGCAAGUGAAAGUUUUGCGGGCAGCGAUGGGUUCUUCGAGUUCCAAGCCACUGAGAAGGCUGGGAAAAGAAACGGUCAGCUCGCAGCCCAUGGGGGCGCCCGGUGUGUCUCGAGCUGCAGCACCACCUUCGAAUAGACUCACUCGAGGCUUGCCCGAGCAGCUUCACCCCAGCUUUAGUGAAAACAAGUCGCAUUCCAUCAAGCAGGACUCGCAAGACCCGCAGCUGAUGGCUAAUCUACAGAAACUCGGUCCGGUGCAGGUACCUCGGGGCAAAAUCAACUUCCGAUCAUCAAACGAGAUGCUCAACAUUUUGGCAGCUCGGGAAAAGAAUCAAAACGAGGAGGCGCAGGAUGCAAGCAGCACAAAUCGCCUCUCGAUUCAUAGUAUUCUUCAGCUCCUCGACGAGCGAAAGCGAUGUCAGACACAGCGCCAGGUCGACGAAUUGUCCGUUGGAUUCGACAUUGAUCGCAAGGUGCUCGAUGAUCUGGCCAGACUUGUCAAUAGCCCCAGCAUCGAGCAAGAACAGCAUGUAAGGACAAACGAACUCAAAGGCCAGGAUGCGGUAGAGGUGGAAGCAGACGAUGACACGCCGCCUCGAGUACACGCCGUGUGGACAGAGCCGGCGCUCAACGAUGUCAAGGAGAUACCCGGUCGAUGA